CGCACGUUAUCAAGGGGCGUUACUCUAGUACGAUAAAUUCCAGGAAGUAAGAAAGCAUUUCAUGUUUCCUCAUGUAGCUUGUUGAAUUACAAAAGUUGUGUAAAACAACUUAAAUAUUUGUUUACUUUUAAAUUUGUUUUAGCGGCUUCUGUACAUGGCAGCACCGGGGAUGGCGAGUCGGCCGAUGUCAAAAGUUGAGCUACGAAUCUCAUGUAGAAAAUUAAUAAACAAAGACAUAACCUCAAAAUCUGAUCCAUGUGCUGUGUUGUAUGUGAAUCAAGGAACUCAGUGGAUUGAGCAUGGUAGAACAGAGAAUGUACAGAACUGUUUAGAUCCAGACUUUGCCAAGGCAUUUUCUAUAGAUUAUAUGUUUGAAGAGGUUCAGAAGGUGAAGGUUGCAGUAUAUGACCUUGACAAUUCUACACCACAACUCGGAGAUGAUGAUUUCUUGGGACAGAUUGAAUGUACUCUGGGACAGAUUGUUGCAGCCAGCCCUUUUCAAAAGCAGCUAGUCUUGAAGAAUGGUAAACCUGCAGGGGAAGGCAAAAUUCUAAUCAGGUCGGAGGAGGUAAAGGAAGGAGGAGAAGUUGCUGUUUGUACAUUUAAAGCUAGAAAACUGGAAAAUAAGGAUUUCCUUGGUAAAUCAGAUCCAUACCUAGAGAUAUUGCGAGGCAAUCCAGACGGAAGUUGGCAGGUGGUUCAUAGAACAGAGGUGGUGAAAAAUAAUCUGAAUCCACACUGGCGUCAAUUCACAAUACCAGUCCAUACCCUGUGUGGAGGAGAUAAAUCAAAACCAGUCAAGUUUGAUGUAUAUGAUUGGGACAGUGAUGGAUCACAUGACAUGAUUGGAGGGUUCACAGUUUCUGUAAAAGAUUUAGAGGCUUCCAUUGGCAAAGAGUUUCCGUGUGUAAACGAGCAUAAGAAGGCAAAGAAGAAGAAGUAUGAUAACUCUGGUUUUGUUAUUGUUGAUUCCUUCAAGGUGAAGAAAGUUCCAUCAUUUUUGGAGUUUAUCUAUGGAGGCAUGCAGAUCAAUUUUACAGUUGGUGUAGAUUUUACAGGUUCCAAUGGGGAUCCUACAUCACCUGGAUCUUUGCACUACAUCAACCCAUACCAACCUAAUGAAUACAUGCAGGCAAUACAGGCUGUAGGAGCUGUAUGUCAGGAUUAUGAUACAGACAAGAUGUUCCCAGCUUUAGGAUUUGGAGCCAGGAUUCCUCCAGAUAAUAAAGUAUCACAUGAGUUUGCCAUGAACUUUAACCCCCAGAAUCCUUUCUGUGCAGGUAUACAGGGUAUUGUACAAGCGUACCAGAACUGUGUUCCACAGAUCCAGCUAUGGGGACCAACCAAUGUUUCCCCUAUAAUUCACCAUGUCGCCAGGUUUGCGGAGGCUGCUCAAAAAGAGGAACAGAGUAAAGGGGCUCAUGCCUACUUUGUCCUGUUACUACUAACAGAUGGUGUUAUAACAGAUAUGGAUGAUACUAGACGAGCAAUAGUUCAUGCCUCAGCUCUGCCAAUGUCCCUUAUUAUUGUUGGUGUGGGUGGUGCUGAUUUCGCUGACAUGCAAAUGUUAGAUGGAGACGAUGGGGUCCUUAAAGCUCCGAAUGGUCAACCUGUGCACAGAGAUAUCGUGCAGUUUGUACCGUUCAGGGAUUUUAAGAGAGUAAGUGAUGCUUCAUCAGCAGCAGAGUUAGCUAAGCAUGUGUUAGCCGAGGUACCACAGCAGGUAACACACUACUACAGUUGGAGAGGAAUGCAGCCUAACCAACCCAGACCUCAAACUACAUAGAGCUCUCAGAAUGCACAGACCCUACAAGACUUUAACUUGCUGUAUGCAUUAGGCAAUAACAUGAAAGACUUUAAGAAAUUUAAAAGAAAAAAAAGAAGUCAUAGUGGAUUUUGAUACGCAAGUUUCAGGUUUUUCAGUGUAUGCUAUAGACCUAUGUUCUGUCUCGUCAAUACAUUUUGUUUUCCUAUCUUCAUUCAAACAGUCUAUCCGUCCAGUAUUCUGUUUACCACAUUUCCUUAUAGAAUUUAUUCGGUCUCUACCUUGGCAUUUAUUCUCUCAGCAAAUUGGCAUUUUUGAAAUUUUACAUUGACUUGUAUGAUUAGCAGAACAAAAAGUUUGCAAUAUGAAGUAGCGUUACCUGUAAGUGAUACAUGAUACAUGAUUCUUGUUGCUUUUUUUUUUUUGUAUUUUUACAGUACUUUACAGUACUUUAUUUUAUUGACAGUACUUCCAAGGGUGUUUGUUUUUUUUACCAGUAAAGUUCUUGAUGAACAUCUUGUGACAGGGAAUUCGGGGACCAGUGUAUAUUAAUCCUUAAUUUGACUAACAUUUUAGAAACUGUCUCAAAUAAAAACACUGUGUAAAAGCGCAGGCAUUAUUUUAGUACACAGUGUAUAAUUUUUAUAUGGAUAAAAUCAGAGUCAUGGAUUAUACCAGUAUGGUGUUUGUCUAAUGUUUCAAUUGUCUUUUCUCUCUCUCUUUCUAAUUAGGAAUGAAGUAUGACAUAUUUUCUUCGUAAUAUGUAAUGGAUGUUAUUGUAGAUAUAACUGCUUUUGGAAUCAGAGACAGGAUUGGACAGGGAAGAUAAUGCGGGAAAACUAUUUAUUGUGUGUAUUGUCAGUUUUGUAAUUGUUUGCCAGACAGAUCAUUUGUAAUCAAAUUUAAGUGGUAGUCAUAUUUCGAAUUGAUUGUUAAAAACUAUUUCAUUGUUAUAAAAUAUUUUUAUUGUGAUAAGUGAUUUUAUCAAUAUAUUAAUUUUGCAAAUUUAAAAAAGAUACAGAUAACAUUUUUAAAAAAAUAAAGUGUCUAUGCAUUUCAUCUUACUUAGAACUUGCAGCAUUUUUUAUAUUUAUAGAGCCUGGUAAUUUUCAGACACAGUUUUAUGUCGGGUUUAUUUUUGACUAUUUUAUUAAGAGGCUGGUCUGUUAUGUCAUUAUCUCAUUUUCUAGUGUUUAUUAAUCUUUUAUACAUUGUUAUUUAUAAAAAAAGACUUACAUAAUGUUAUAUAUAUAUGCAUGUGAAAAUGGUGUUUGUUAGAAAUUUUGUAUUUACUGGAUUUUACAUUCAUAUGGUGAAACAUACGAUGUCAUGUCAUUUCUGCAGUAGAGAUAUUACUCUACCAAAGAAACCAUAUAUAUUUCUUGACGUAUAACAAUAAUUUUAUUCAUUACUACUCAUUUAUGCUUAUGAAUGGUUAUACAUGUGUUCUUUAGCACAGUGAACAACAGAUAUCAAAAUUAUGUCACUCAGCCAAUACGAAAUUUACACAACAGAAUGGAUAACAUUUGACAUUUAAGGUAUAAUUGUAAAUGAAACAAGAGAUAUGCAAUGCAUGUCAGAUCAUCACAGUGAACAAGUGUGUGACGUUUCAAUCCAUUCCCAUUAGUGGGUACUGAAAUACAAGCUGACAUGCAAAAACUAAACCAAAAAUUGCUAAGUCUAAAAUGAGGCAUGAUUUUGUGAAAUAGCAAAGUAGAGUUAUGGAACCUGUACAGUGCUUGUCAGAUCAUGACAGUGAACAAGUGUUUGAAGUUUCAGUCAACCACCAUUAGUGGGUAUUGAGAUACCAGCUUACAUACAAAUCUUAACCAAAUUGGGACACCGACGCAUGGGUGAGUCCAAUAGCUAGAACUUGUUCCUUGAACAGUCGAGCUAAUGAAAUACUAAAGUACUAAGUUGGAACAAUAUAAUCGACCGGAAGAAAUCAUACAAGAAGAAUAUCCUUAAUAUGAGUGUUCUCUCAAAUAAAAUGAGUUGUACUUUCAUUAUCUUUUAUACCAAAGACCAGUAAAAUGUUCAAGCAUCAUUUACUACAAUUUCUAUCCAACCAUGUUGUCUCGAACAAUAUAGCAUAAAAGCUAGAAUUGGAAGUUUGUAAGUUUUGAGUCCAAAGCAUAGAGUAUAAUCUCCAUUCUGCUUGAUGGAAGACUUUACAUCUAAGAUUCUUCUCCACUUUUCAUUUAUGUGGGGAGUGUGUAUGUUACUUGCAGAGAAUAGGUAAAUACUUGGGAGAAAUCUAAGGGAUACUGGUUAUUAUUGGCAGUACAUAAUUGAAAAGCUGUUGAAAAAAGGCCUUAGACAGAAUAAAAGUCAUUUGUUGACGAAUGGUUUUUGCAUUUUCUGUUUAGAGAGUAUUCUAUUUUUAACUUGUUUUUAUUGCAGACACAAAAUACAACUGGUUUCUUUCAGUAGAGUUUGAGGAUUAUAUUUAUUAUAUUACUUACCAAAAUUAAAGGGUAAAUUCUGAAAUAGUAGUUAUCAUCGAGCAGGUCCAGACUAUCUAUUACUUGAGAUAGAGAAAACAAGUGCUUGGGAAAAUAUGUAUUAUAUACUCAAUAAGUUCUUGAAAAAAAAGACAAUUUCUUGAACAAAUUAGUGUGUGUUUCAAAAUAUUUUGAUGAUUUACAAAGUGCUUAAAAAAACAAGGUUUUGGAAAAAAAGAUUUGAAUUUGUAUUGUCUUUUGAAAAUAAGCCACAAGUGCUUCCCAUUUGCUUCAGAAAGCAAGUGCAUGCCAAAAUACUUAUGCACAAUGUAUUUAAUUACAAGUUUUAACCAAAUAUCUUUAGUAAUUGAAUAAUGCUUGUGAAAAGAUCUUGCCGUAAAAUAUGUAUAAUGGUUGCUUUGAAAAUGCUUGAGGGAAAUUUAUCAGCUGUUUUAAAGAAUUAAAGUUUUGGCAAUUUUAUUGUCCGCAGUUCUCGACUCCUCAGAAAUGUAUUAAAUAAAAUUAGACUUAUUUAUGUGUCAUCUAUGUUACUAUAGUUACUUUUAUAUUGAAAUGUGUGUUUACUUAUAUUUAAGCCACAUCAAGGGCUGAUUUAGAUGGUAAUUUAACUUAUAAUUACAUGUUUCUUAUACAUGUUUAUAUUAAAGUCUUCUUAUUUAUUAAGAAUAAAUAUAGUUCUUACUAA